CGUUACAAAUACAAUUUUAUCAUUUGCAAUUACGUCAUUUUAAAAUCAUACAUAUAUAUCUUAAAUGAAUGAUCCUACAAAGACGUGCAUGAUCAUUUUUUCAUUAUUUUCAACUCUACGAUGAUACGUAGUUUUUAUUUUAUCAGUUCUGUUAUCAUCUUUACAACGUUUAAUAACGAGUUAUAGUAAGGGGAGCAGAAGGAAGAAGAGGAGAUUAAUAAAGUGGCUUAAUCAUUCUGUUAUGUAAUGAAAGUAAAAGUAGAAGGAGGCUCAUGUCGUAUCAAAAUAAUACGCGAGAUUUAACAAAGAUUGUGCAAUAUCAAUAUUCGUCAGUCAUCUAAUGCAGUCGUGUUUGCGAGCUGUUGAACUUUAUGAAAGCUUUGGUGUCGGUGUUAGGGGUAGUGUCAAGGUCAGGAGGGUGGAGUUGAGAUCAUCGUGGCACCUAUGUUGUGCGGUGAACUCUUGAACGGUGGCUUCGUCAGUGCCGGAGCAUUGCCGGCCCUUCCUAUUGGUCUGUUAGGGCUUUGGUUGCCUGGCUGUCUACGAGCAACCAGCCCUCGUCUCCGCACCUCUCCUUACCUACCCCUUCUUGCCGAGCUUUUGGCGACGGGUCAGUUGGAUCUUCGCGAUUGCCUCAUGGAUUUGGCCAAGAGAAAUCUUCAGACACGCGGCGGCACCACCACCAACACCAACACCACCACCACCACCAUCAAUGGUGUUGCAGACCUCGACCUCGAUCUUCAUGCCGACGAUAUCGAUGAGAAUGUCUUCCUCGAAAAUGGAUUGCUUUCCUUCGAGAAUCCAAAUUAUCAUUUGGAUCCGGCACGGCUCGAUGAUGCAUUGAACAGCAACGGAAAUGGCAGCUCACUCUAUGAUGAAUUAUAUCAAGAAUUAGUUGGGAAUGGAGGCAGGGGUGGAGAGGUCACCGGUGGUGGUGGUGGCGGCGGUGGCGGAGGCGGAGGCGGUGGCGGUGGCGGAGGGGGU